UCGAUCAGUAGAGUUCUACAUUGUCAGUAACUCCUGCAAUAUAGUAUAUAGGAUAAUCAUUGUAUUAUAUCGGCAUGCUCGCAUGCAUGUUAUUAGGGUAUCUUUAGUUCAUUGAUAAAUGUGUACAAAUAAUAAUACGAAAACCUUAUUGAUUUUAUAAACAUAUUAGAAAAAGUAAAAAUUUGGUAAAUCACAAAUUAUGAAAAUCAUCAGGGUAAAAAAAACACGUAGAACUUUAUCCUAAAAUUUCAUCCACAAAAGAUAACCUAUUAGUAUAGUGACAUUUUUUUAAUUAAUUUAGUCUUGCUUGUAUUAUAUGUUUCAAACAUUUUAAAAUGUAUUUUCGAAUAAUAAGGAAUAUUUUUAAUGCUUCAACAAAAAUCUCCAAACAAAACAUUUAUGACAAUGCCAAAUUUAUUUUUUCCAUGCACUUGACAGUACCUAAAUUGUCAGUAUGUACUGAUCAAUAUUUCAUACAAAAUUAUUCAACUAAUAGUGAACAUCUUGAUAAAUGUAUUUCUGAAGAAGACUUAUUAAAUGAGAAAUCUGUAAAUGAUAAUGAGUGUGACUUGGACGAACAACAUGGCAAACAAGAUGAGAUUAACUAUCAAUGGAAUAUGCAAAAACGUAAAAAUUAUUUUAAUGAAAAAGAUCAAGAACAACUAGAUGCAAUAUUGAAAGAUAAUCCAGAGAUGCAAAAAUUGAAAAAAAUCAUAGAAUUGGAACUUAUUGUCUUGCAGCAGGAUGGUGAACGAGUACCAACUAAAUUAGAUCCUCAACAAUGGUGUGAAGUACUAGGAUUAAGAAGUAACUCUCAAAGAAGAAAAUUCUACAAAUAUUGUUUUAUAAAUGAAAAAUUAGAAGAAAGAGAUAAGAAAUAUAAAGAAGAAAGACGUUUGGAGUUGCAACAAAUUAGAGAAGAAAGAAAAUACGCUACUCCAUCUGAGGGGAUUCAAUAUGGCUUUGCUGAUAAUUUCAUGCUGCGGCGUAUAAGUAAUACGUAUAUAAAUCAACAUCUACAGUGGAAUUUGCUAAGAGCAUUAAUGUUUGGCAACAAGUUAGUUUUCGAUUGUAGUUAUGAUAAUUACAUGUCAAUUCUAGAAGCAAAAAGUUGUGCUAAACAAUUGAAUGAAUCAUAUGCGGCAAACCGCAUACAUCAUUAUCCUUUUGAAAUUUUUUUGACUAAUGUAAAUCGUAACAGUAAGACAAUAGAUACUCUUCAUAGAUAUAUUCCAAUUUUGUAUGAGCCAGACUUCCCAUUUACAAUCACAGAAAAAUCAUAUUUGGAAUUAUUUGAUCGAUCAAAGUUAUGUUACUUAUCAUCUAAUGCUCCAUCUGUGUUGGAAGAGUAUGAUCCUGAAACAAUUUACAUAAUAGGAGCUUUUGUUGACAAGGGUUCCAAACAACCAGUUUCAUUCAGCAAAGCUAAACGAGAAGGUAUAAGAAUGGCAAAAUUACCAUUGGAUAAGUAUCUUCAUUUCGGCACUAGCGGUGGCAGAGAUUUGACUCUAAAUCAGAUGUGUAGUAUAAUGUUGGACUCACAAUAUAAAAGUUGGCAGGAAGCUUUGAAGCAUGUGCCAACGCGCAAACUACAUGAUUCAAUGAUCAGAACUCUAGAAAACAAAAUAAAUAGAGCUAAGAGAAUGUUCACAGAUGAUGAGCCCCAUUCAUAUGAUUCUAUUAAGAAAUCAUCAAAUGAAAGUUUCAAAUCAUCACAUGCAAGAUUUGGAUCAAAUGAAAUUUUUAGAUCAUUAAAUGAAAGUUCCGUAUCAUCCAGCCAGAAUAUUUCUUCAGCUGGAGUGCAGGACUUUAGCCAUUCAGCUCGUACUAAGCUUAGAGAAAGAUGGAAUAAAUAAAGUUAC